CGUAUCGGGAAGGUUCUCUCUUCGUCUUUACAUAUAUCUUCUUCUUCAAGGAGGAACCGGGAUCGCUCUCAAUCGCCGGCGUUGACAAAACAAAAAACGAAUUGGGAAGAUGUGGAACCAGAAGCAUGAUUUGGAGUCGGCUCAGACGCCUCUAUACCCGAUGAUGUUGGAGAGCCCCGAGCUCCGAUGGUCUUUCAUCCGCAAGGUCUAUUCAAUCAUCUCCAUCCAGUUGCUCGUUACAAUCGCCGUGGCUGCCACCGUCGUUAAGGUUCAUUCGAUUUCUGUCUUCUUCACCACCACCACCGCCGGCUUCGCUCUCUACAUACUUGUUAUUUUCACUCCAUUGAUUGUUAUGUGUCCAUUGUAUUACUAUCACCAGAAGCACCCUGUGAACUAUCUCUUGCUCGGCAUUUUCACCGUCGCUCUUGCCUUUGCGGUUGGCUUGACCUGCGCCUUUACAAGCGGGAAGGUGAUUCUGGAAUCUGUGAUUUUGACCUCUGUUGUGGUCAUAUCCCUCACUCUCUACACUUUCUGGGCUGCCAAAAGAGGCCAUGACUUCAACUUCCUCGGACCUUUCUUGUUCGGUGCUGUCAUUGUCCUCAUGGUGUUUUCCUUCAUCCAGAUUCUCUUCCCUUUAGGAAAGAUCUCAGUGAUGAUCUAUGGUUGUUUGGCUUCCAUCAUCUUCUGUGGCUACAUUGUAUAUGAUACCGACAACUUGAUCAAGAGGCACUCCUAUGACGAGUACAUCUGGGCUGCAGUUUCUCUUUAUUUGGAUGUCAUUAAUCUCUUCCUAUCUCUGCUCACUCUCUUAAGGGCUGCUGAUAGUUAAGGCACUCUCGUCUUUUUCAGAUUUCUCAUAAGACUAUGUAUGUUAUUAUUGCUAUCUUCUAAAAUUCUUUUGUCUGCAAAAAGAAAUUUGGCUUGUAAAGAAAAGUUGAACGCUGCCUGUAACAUGAUAGUGGAAUCCAAUACAUUCUACUUCUGAA